AUGGAUCCUCAGCCCCAACCUGUCUCCUAUCUAUGUGGAGAUUGUGGAGCUGAGACUACGUUGAAAACAGGUGAUGUUAUACAAUGUAGUCAUUGUUUUUAUCGUAUCCUUUACAAGAAGCGCACUCGUCGAGUUGUGCAGUACGAGGCACGUUGAAGAAAAUUGUCGAAGCUUUACCAGGAAUAGCUCAAGAUUGUGGAACCUUUUUAAUAUUUUAAUUCUUCAAUAUUUACUUAAUAUGAUA